UUUUCUUUGAAUGCAUGUUAAAUCUACAUCAGGCAGUGGUCCAUAUGCCACUAAACAAUUGACUUCACUUGCCUUCGGUCACAAAUCAUAUGCUGUGUAAGGAAGGAGGACUAGUCCGUUUGAUAGGAGGCUGCACACACUUUUUGACGUCCUAAAGCAGAUUGUGCAAUGGAUCAUGUGCUGAACAUUGCUGACAGCUACAUCUUCACUCCGUAUGUUUACCCGGCCUCAUGGUCGGAGGAGGGGGCCCUGCGUCAGAUAGUCAGCCUGUGGCUGGUGACCAACCUGGGAGCGGUGCUGCUCUUCCUGGGCUGUGGUGCUCUCAACUUCUACUACGUGUUUGACCAUAAACUCAUGAUGCAUCCACUGUUUCUCAAGAACCAGGUAAAACAAGAGAUUGAACUAUCAAUCAUCUCCAUUUUCUGGAUGAGCUUCCCAACAGUGGCCAUUUUCUUCUGGGAGGUCCAGGGAAACAGCAAACUUUUCGACAACAUCAGCGAAUCUUCUCUGGGCUGGCCCGGGGUGUUCCUGAGCAUUGCUGGUUUCUUGUUCUUUACUGACAUGUGCAUCUACUGGAUACACCGCUUCCUGCACCAUAAGAGCACUUACAAGCAUUUACAUAAGCAGCACCACAUAUUUAAGAUCCCUACACCUUUUGCCAGCCAUGCCUUCCACCCGCUGGACGGCUUCCUGCAGAGCCUUCCCUAUCACAUCUACCCGUUCAUCUUCCCCCUCCACAAGGCGGUCUAUCUGUCACUUUUCGUCUUUGUCAACAUCUGGACCAUUUCCAUACACGAUGGAGACUACCGCAUCCCCGGCCCCCUGAUAUGUCUGAUCAAUGGCGCUGCUCACCACGUAGACCAUCAUCUCUUCUUCAACUACAACUACGGACAGUACUUCACGCUCUGGGAUCGUAUCGGGGGCUCCUACAGACACCCCUCAGCCCUGAUGGGGAAGGGGCCACAUGACCACAUCUGCAAGCUCAUGGCAGAGGCUGCACACACACAGUGAAGAUCCAGAUCCAGUCUGGAUGUCACUUUUUCACUCUAACCUCUCAGGGAGGCUCCUACAGUGAUGCUUAGGAAAGAGACAAUUGCAUCAGAUGCAAACAACUCAAACUAAGUGAGUUGGUAAGUAAGUUGUAUGUAAUAUGAAUACAACAUAAUUAUGGGGAAAUAUGUUUUUGUAAAAGAUAAUGGUUACAUGCCAGUUGGCUGGAAAUAACACUGAAAUAAUGAAUAGUGAAUAAAAACCAGCAAACUAAAGGCAUACUUAAUUUGUAUGUGUUAGGGUUUUAAC